AUGAGGUUGCUCCACACCGAGAGCUUCGAGCUCGAAUGGUUUCCCGAAAAUGGCGUCCCGCCAUAUGCCAUCGUGUCCCAUACCUCGGACUGGGACGAAGUUCUAUUCUCAGAUAUGAGUUCCGGCCUUAGUUGGGGGGUGUCAUCUAAGAAGGGGUUCCAGAAAAUUGCACAAUGCGCUCGCAUGGCGAAGGCGUCCUAUAACCUGGAGUGGCUCUGGAUCGAUUGCUGUUGUAUCGACCGCGAAUCUGAGGAGGAAUUCGAAGAAGCAGUGAAUUUCACGUUCAUGUGGUAUCAGCAAGCGACCGUCUGUUUUGUGUAUUUGUCCGAUGUCAUCGUCCGACCCGCUUCCUCGUUUGAGCUGGAUGCAGCGGAUGCGAAAUGGUUCACAAGAGGCUGGACCCUUCAGGAACUCAUUGCGCCCCGGAAUCUCGAAUUCUACUCCGGCGAUUGGACGUACAUGGGCGAAAAGAGUGAGCAUUUGGAGGUGCUGAAGAGGAUCACCGGGGUUCCGCGUACGGUGCUCGAGAACGGGAAUUUUGACGGGUUCAGUGUUGCUCAACGAAUGUCUUGGGCAGCAUGGAGGGAGACCAGCGUCCCAGAAGACAUUGCGUAUUGCCUGGUCGGGCUCUUCGAACUGAAGUGCAAGUUCAUCUGUCAGAGUGGAGAAGGUGCGAGUAAGGCAAUGCACAGGCUCCAGGAGGAGAUCUUCGAGCAUUCCGAGGAGCAGUCCAUCUUCGCUUGGAAAACUGACACCUGUGAUCCCUCCAUUUACCGCUCUCUCUUCGCCGAUUCCCCGGCGGAGUUCAAGGACUGUGGAGACAUA